AUGGCCGUCGAACUUCCUGCCUUUAUUCGCGAUGUCCUUAUGCAUCCUCGUGGAACAGCAGCCGUCGCGAUUCUCCCGCUCUUGUUCAUGGUUUAUCGCAUCUUAAAGAAGCCUCGACGACCUCUCAAAGUGCCGAAGUCUAGCGAGCGCGUUCUCAUUCUCGGCGCGUCCAGUGGGAUUGGGCGAGCAGUCGCACGUCAGUACGCGGAAAGAGGGGCCAAAGUCUGUGUUACUGGGCGGAGAGAAGCACUCAUCGAAGAGGUCGGAGCAGAGUGCCGGAAUGUUCGUGAAUCAUCGCAGAAGAACGAUGUCCUUGCUGUUGUAGGGGACUUCAGCAAUGUGGAGGACAUGGUCAGACUGAGGAGCCUGAUCGAGGCUGAAUGGAAGGGUCUGGACACGCUCGUAGUCGCAGCAGGUGUAUCCGCUCUACAACCCUUGAUGGGCGUGGCAGGUGUUGGACCGCAACCUGGAAGCUCCAAUCUCCCUCAGGCGACCCAGGAGGACAUCCAACGAACAGUCGACGUCGCUGCUGCUGCUACUAGAGGGAACUUCGUUGGACCUCUCAUAGCAGCAGUCACAUUCGUGCCUCUACUCACGAAUACGUCAAAGUCCCCAUCCAUCCUGCUAGUCAACUCUCUCGCUUCGCUGAUCCCACCUCCCACCCGAACGCUGUACGGUUCGACGAAAGCCUCCUCUCUCGUGCUCUAUCAAGCUCUUUCCGUUGAACACCCGAGGAUCUCGUUCUCUUUCUUCGUGCCUUCCACGGUGGAGGGAGACUUUCGUGCGUCAGCAGUUGACAGCGGCCCUGUCAGGGAACUGGACCCGAACAAAUAUGGACUGAAACGAGAGGACGUGGCUCGACGAUGCAUCACUGCUGUGGACGACCAGGAGAAAACGGUGUUCAUGCCAGGCCUCAUGCGCUAUGCGCAUCUUCUCUAUUGGCUGUGGCCGUCGUUUAUAGAAGGAAAGGCGAGUAAGAAGUAUAAUUUUACCCCGAGCUAG